GUUUGGCAUGCCUCCGCAGCAACACGGAGCGCUGACAAACCGAUUCCAAGCCGGUACUGACAGGAAGUAUCGCUCAGGAAGUCAAAGUCGCUACUGCGACAAAAAAACUUGUCGACAUAGUUAAACAGUAGACGUACAGUAAGACAUAUCUAUAAAAAUUGGACUACUCUGUUUUUAACCAGUUUGCUAGCUAGCUUCUAGCGAUGGACAAGCUUCGUCGUGUGCUAAGCGGCCAGGAGGAAAAUGAGGAGCUGGGUCUCACUGCACAGGUCCUUGAUGCCAGCACUCUCAGCUACAGCACCAGGGUGAAGUGGUUCGUCAUAUGCUUUGCUGGAGGCAUCCUGUGUUCAAUACUUGGCUCAGCAUUGUUGUUCCUUCCAGGCGGAGUCAAGCUUUUCGCUGUCUUCUACACACUAGGGAAUAUCGCUGCUCUUGCCAGCACCUGCUUCCUAAUGGGACCAUUAAAACAGCUGAAACGCAUGUUUGAACCGACAAGACUGAUAGCCACCAUUGUUAUGCUGCUCUGCCUUCUCUUAACACUUUGUGCAGUGUUUUGGUGGCAUAAAAGGGGACUGGCUAUCAUCUUCUGUAUUCUGCAGUUUUUGGCAAUGACAUGGUAUAGCAUCUCUUACAUCCCAUUUGCCAGGGAUGCUGUGAUGAAAUGCUUCACAACCUGUCUGAGUUAGGACUCUGGAGUCCACAAUUCAAUGUGAAGACUGGUCCUGAAAUGCAAACUGCAAGAACAGUGGCUCUGUAAAAUAUAAAUCCUAUGUUGUUUAUACACUAUAUCUCCAAAUUUUUACUGUGGCUUUUUCCUACUGUGAAUUUUCGCUUAUUAGGUCUAGCACAAGGUCUGUAACAAUAAUCAGAUUGUAACACUCAUCAGUCUUUUGCUUUUGAUGAGAGAAAUGAGUGCUUAAUAUAUUUAAGAUAUUCCGAUGUUUUCCAAGGAUUUUAUACAGUUUAAAUGCAGGGAAAGUGCCUUAACAUUGUAUUAUUAUAUAAUAUAUAUAAUAUACACAUAUAUAUAUAUAUAUAUAUAUUAUGUAUAUAUAUAUAUAAAGAGAUCUGUUUACACAUUGACCAACCAUACAUAUUUACAGCUUUAACAGUGUGAAAUUCUAUUUUCUUCUGGAUUUGUAAAUGGUGUUCUUACUUCUUACACACAAACAUAAUUAAAACACAUGGUCUUCCUGUUUUCAGUGUGUGUAUGAGGCACUGAUGUAUAGAGAGGCUCUCGGAUGUUA